AUGCUGGAAAAGUCACUGGAGUUUGCUGCUGGUGCCGGAAAAGUUGCCGGAGUAGCGGUCGGUGCCGGAAAAGUCAUCGGAGUUGCUGAUGGCGCCAGAAAAUUCGUCGGAAUUGGUAUUGUCGCCGAAAAAAUCGCUGAAAAAAUACUAAGAAAUCGGUUUCUUGGUGAUUUUUCCGUUGACAAUGCCAAUUCUGACAACUAUUAUGACGCUAGCAGCUACUUCGAGGCACAUGAAAAACAUCUGCAGAUGGUGUUACAACAUCUUUGGGAGCAUGAAAUCUAUGCUAAAUUUGAGAAAUGUAAGUUUUGGCUGCCCCAAGUAAGCUUCUUAGGCCAUGUUGUAAAUAAGGAUAGCAUUCUGGUGGACCCAGUGAAGAUUGAGGCAGUUCGAGAUUAG